GGGCGCACGCGUGUGUGUGAGCUCCAGUCGCGCGAGCACACGCCUCAGCAGAAGAGCACGAGAGAGGAAGUUGUGAGGUGGGACCAUGAAGCCCGGCAGCCAGGACCAGAGUUUCUCUGACUCCAGGGAGCUGGACUGCUCCUACGACCUGCUCACAGGAAACCCUCCGUCCAAACCUCAUAAGAAAACCAUCAAGCAGAGACUCCUCAGGCUGCUGCCCUGCCUCAGCUCCAGCUCCAGCGCUUCAGUCAAUCAGAGCAACGAGAGCGACGAGGACGAGCUGUCAGCCGUCCGUCGCAAGCCCGAGCGACUGGACCGACUGGUGGACCAGACCAAUUUCAGCAGGAAGGAGCUGCAGGUCCUCUACAGAGGAUUCAAGAACGAAUGUCCCGGCGGGGUCGUGAAUGAGGAGACGUUUAAGAACAUCUACUCCCAGUUCUUCCCUCAAGGAGACACUAGCAUGUACGCGCAUUUCCUGUUCGACGCCUUUGACACUCACAACAACGGAGCGGUGAGCUUUGAGGACUUUGUCCUCAGUCUGUCCAUCAUCCUGAGAGGCUCCGUGACUGACAAACUCAACUGGGCCUUCAAUCUUUACGACCUCAACAAAGAUGGCUGCAUCACCAGAGAAGAGAUGACAGACAUCGUGCAAUCCAUUUACGACAUGAUGGGCAAGUACACGUCACCCAGCAUGAAGGACAGCGCUCCCAAAGAUCACGUGGACAUCUUCUUCCAGAAAAUGGACAGGAACAACGAUGGCGUCGUCACCAUUGAGGAGUUUUUGGAGACCUGCCAGAAGGAUGAAAACAUCAUGCAGUCCAUGCAUCUGUUCGACCACGUCAUCUGAGUCUCCGAGGUUGUGACCGUCCAGCACCACUCCAGCGACUGUCCUGGUAUGAGCGACGUCUGCGCGCUGCUGCCAUGACGCCAUCAGACUCCUGGACCAUCACUGUCACCCUGCAUGCAUCACUCACACGGAGAGCACGGACGAGUGGCCUCAACAAGCAAUAAGGACUUGACUUUCCUCGCGACAUGUGACAAUAUUUUCUAUUUUGAAGUGUUUAUGUUGAAAUUAAACCACACCGU